AGAGCGACGAAUCCAGCUCAGUCAACUGCAGAGCUCUAACAAUCAUCAUCUCAAAACACAGUUUCAUCAGCAAUACCACUCUUUGUUCUUCAAAAUGAAGCCUUCUCAACUCAGCCUGCUGGUCCUUUUCUUCCAGGCCUCUUCCAUUCAGGCCAAGAUGUUCAAGAAGAAUGUCCCGACAUUCGAAGUUGGCCCCGAUGUGGUCAUCACCGACAACAAGAUCGAGUACGAUGACCCCGACUGCGAGCCCGGGUUUACCUGCAGAACAAGCAAGACCUGUGCCGCACCGGGUGCCGUUCCCACUCUCACCAGCGACAAGAAAUAUUUUGCCUGCUGCUUGAAGGGACUGAACCUUCUGGGUAGCCCCGAGACAGCAUUCGACUGCUGUGCCGAAGGCCACGACCUUGCUGGCUCCGGCGAAGUUGGCUAUAGGUGCUGCCCAACUGGGCAGAUCUAUGACGGCCUGAUCUGCAAGCCGGUAUGUGAGAACGGCAAAGUCCUUGUCGACGGCAAGUGUGUCUGUCCAAAAGACACGGUCGAAGGCCCGGACGGGGCCUGCCAUAAGCAAGUCUGCACCUCCGGAUUAACAUCUGGAAAAUGCUACACCUUCACCGCGCCCAACGGCAACACCCUAGGCUCCGGCGCCGACGGAAUCUACUACGCCAAACCCGACGACAUGAACUUCCACUACGGUAAAUUCCAGCUGUGUCUUGACGAGAAGUGUGAAGGGGAUCUGCCCGUCAACCCCCAGGACGGAGUGUACAUCCGAGACCUAUACGGCGACGUCAAAACCGGCGCCAACAAGGGCCAAUGGCUCAACAACGCAAAGGACGGCGCCCACAUCGGCAAGACCAAGGACUUUGCUUCAGCCGGCAAAUUCUCUUUGAGCAAGUGGCCAUGCGGAAAGUACUGUCUCGGAGGCGUCGAGUGGGGUGUCGGUCCCGCUUGUCCUUCUCUGACGCCUGCCAUUACUUUCUUUUCGCAAGAUCCGCAGAUGUGCACGGCCUUCGAUCUCACGGAGAUUCCGUGCGAUAUCAAGGCACCUGUCAAUAACUGUAUCUGGAAGAGUGGAAGGAACCAGUGCUGUGGUAAGGUUGAUUGUAGCCUGUGAUUGGCAUCAGUAGUAUGACUUGCAUCCUGGUGUAGGAGGAUGGGGGUAUAAUUUGGUGAUUUAGUCUGGGUUUUGAUAGUAGUGAUAGUGGUAGUUAGCUACUGGACUAGAAAUUGAGGACACUGGCUUUAUUAUUAUUAUUAUUUUUUUUUUUUACAUAACUCUCCUAUAACUCAACCAAAAGAAACAAGU